CCUCCUCCCUACACCAUCUGUGGUUCUUCUCUCUCUCUCUCUCUCUCUGUCUUUCUCUCUCUAGAGGAAGAAAGAAAGAAAAAGAAGAGCAGAGCAAAACAACAAAAUCAUAACAAGAAAAUCUCUCUCUUAAUCUCCGUUCACCUAAAUAUAGCGCUCUUCCAAAAUUCUUCCGCUCUCUCUCUCUCUACACACACACAUACAUAUACGUACAACAGCGUAUAUAUACACACCGUUGGUUUUUGCCUUCACCAGAGUUGAUCUUGAUUUUGCUGCAUUGUUUGGGUACAAUGAAGCUUAAGCACCCCUCCAAUUCCGCCUCCCAAACCCUGACAUCCUCCGACACGCGCAUGCUCGUCCGUGAGACGCUCCGCAUCAGCGCCAACCUUGCCUCGGCGCCUCCGCCAUCGCCCGCCGCGGGGGCUGUGGCGCCUCAGGACCGGACUUUGCUCCAAGAUUCUAGCUUUGGUGGGUUUGUGGAGGAUCAGUUUCUCGAUUCGAGCUUGAGGUUGAUUUGCUGCGAGGAGAUCGAUGGUAGACGGUGGCAAUACUUCGCGGAGAAUAAUAUUAGUGUCAGGAGUGGUGGUUCCAAGAAAUUGAAGAAGAAUUCUAUCCGCGCUGUUAGCUUGCAGAGUCCUCAGGCCCCCAUUGAUGAGUUGAUGGCGUUUAUAAGAUCCUAUGUCGUCCCAGAAGGUUUUCCAGACAGUGUCACUCCUUCUUAUGUGCCAUACAUGACAUGGAGAGCUUUAAAGCACUUCUUUGGCGGAGCAAUGGGUGUUUUCACAACGCAAACACUCCUAAGUUCUCUAGGAGUAUCCCGAAACAGAGCUGCACCAGGUGCUGUAGCUAUCAACUGGAUUCUCAAGGAUGGCGCGGGACGGGUUGGGAAGAUGCUUUUUGCUCGGCAGGGAAAGAAAUUUGAUUAUGAUCUAAAGCAGCUUAGGUUUGCCGGUGAUCUCCUAAUGGAGUUAGGAGCUGGAGUAGAGUUGGCAACUGCAGCUGUUCCCCAUCUAUUUCUUCCAUUGGCAUGUGCUGCCAAUGUGGCUAAGAAUGUUGCUGCGGUGACAUCGACUUCAACUCGAACCCCAAUCUACAAAGCUUUUGCUAAAGGGGAAAAUAUUGGUGAUGUGACUGCCAAGGGAGAAUGUGUGGGAAAUAUUGCUGAUCUGCUUGGUACUGGACUCAGCAUUCUGAUUGCCAAAAGGAACCCAUCCCUGUUCACCACUUUUGCUCUGCUUUCAUGUGGAUAUGUGAUGAGCUCUUAUCGAGAGGUGAAAUCUGUUGUUUUGCAUACAUUAAAUCGGGCACGAUUCACUGUGGCAGCAGAAUCCUUCCUGAAGACAGGGCGCGUUCCAAGUUUGCAAGAGGGAAAUUCAAUGGAAAAUAUUUUUGUUCCCCCAUGGAAACAACACAGACCUAUUGUUCUUGGGCCAAGAUUUAAAGAAGCAUUCCAAGACCCUAAUUCAUACCUUGCUGUGGAGCCCAUUUUUGAGAAAGAACGAUACAUCAUUACAUAUAAUCCUUCAAAGGGAAAUAUCUAUGCCUUGUUCAAGGAUCAAGCAAAGUCUGAUGAUAUACUGAAAGCAGCUUUUCAUGCUCAUGUGCUUCUUCACAUCAUUGAUACCUCCAGUCAGGACCAAGCUACCUAUAGAAAGAGAGAUCAUGAUCCUUCAGCUGGAUUGCCAACAUUGGGCGACCUUCAAUCACAUAUUGCAGAAUCGUAUAAGAUGGUAUCAGCUUUAUAUGGGCCUUUUAAAAACAAAGCUAAAGAUCAGGGGUGGGUUAUGUCAGAAUCACUACUUAAUCCCGGCAGAGCUCGACUAUGUGAAUUAGUCAGAUAAUAAGAUUCAUGUAGGUCUUUAAAUUUCUGUAAGAACUUGGAAGGAUUGGAAAGAUCUCUGGUUUACUCCCUUGUCUCUGAAUUGACUUGACUAUGCUUGGGGACUGGAUACAUAGGCAAGGCAAUGCUGUGGCGGGAUCAGGGAAACAUGUUUUCCUGGUGCCAAAGAACCCAGUUUUCUGCAUCGGACGCUAACAAAACUUGCUACUGGUGUUUGAACUGAUGUGUAAGAUCCUUAAGUGCCAUGAAGGCACAGUGAUAGAAUGAAUAGUCGACUAGAGUGGCCAAUCAAAUAGGUGCCGAUUUUAAAUUUGUCUAAGUAUAUCGUUGUUUUAUCAUAUGCAUGACUUGUCUGGUGCCUCAAAACCUCUUAAUGGUGAUGUAUAUUCAGUUUUGAUAUUUCUCAUUUUCCUCCAAUUUCUCUAUGUUAUCAUGCAUCCUUUUUGUAAUACUCAAGUUAUUCAUCAACUACUGGCUGGCUUUCUGUUUGUUUA